UUAUUUAUAUCUCUCAAAUCGCUUGUCGUGCAGUUUCGGCGAUCCCAAAUUCCCGAACUCGAGAAGGAGCCUCGAAUUCUCCAUCGGAUGACGGGGAACGAGCGGCGAAGUGAAGCGGAAUCGAGUCCGGCGGCGGCGGCGGUCGCAAGAGCGGGGAAUGUGGGAGCCGACGUCGUCCCGGCGGAGGAGAAGGGGGCCUGUGUGGUCAUCGACGUCGGGCGAUGCAGCGGGAAGGAGGCAGACGAGGAUGGUGGCGACCGGGAGGGGGAAAGCGAGUGCCGGAUCUGCCAGUUGAGUUUGAGUUCCGGGGGAGAGGGUUCCGAGCUGAUCCUGCUCGGGUGCGGCUGCAAGGGCGAGCUCGGCGUCGCACACCGCCACUGUGCGGAGGCUUGGUUUUCGGUCAAGGGCAACAGAUGUUGUGAGAUUUGCGGCGCCAUUGCGAAAAACAUCACUGUCGUGGUGGACAGCAGGGUUUCAGAGGAAGGUCCGAGCCGGGGAGAGUCGAACACACGCAGUCCAUCCGACACCGGCGAGAGGAUCGUUUGCUGGAGGCGCCUUCCCGUCUGCAACCUGCUAAUGGCCUGCCUUAUAAUAGCCUUCAUUCUGCUAUGGUUCUUCCGCGUAAGCAUGUUCUAAGAAUCAGUCUCGAGUUUUUCAUACCAAUAAAAUCCGAAACCACGAGUCGCUCUCCCUGUAUCAUUCUUAUAGAUAAACUAAUUUCCUAUUUGAUCAUAAUAGAUAGCUACUGCUAUAGUUCAAAAGCC